ACAGGGCGUUGUGACGCCGCUCCUCUUCGCGCUCGCCGGGUGAUGGCUCACCUCCGUGUGGAGGGCUUUCCCACCGUAACCAGUUUGUCCGGUUAGCUCGUCAUGUUACGUCAGCGGAGGCCUGGAGGGGAGCCGGCCACGAUGACCGGGUUCGAGUCCGGGGAAGAGCAGUGCCAGAAAUCAGUAGGUGCAGGCGGUGAUUCUUGUUCUGGUUAAAGGAUUACAAAUCUGCAGCAACUCUUUACUGACUGCAUCUCAAGCCCUCGUGAAUAAAGUGUUGCAGCUGUGCUGUUAUUGGUAAGACUAAAAAAUCAUGCUCAUGGACUGGAGGAAACAAGACUGCGCUGGACUAAACACGUGUGAAAAACAAAGCGUGCAAAAGAAAAAAAAGAAGCAAGAUCCCUAAGGACUGACUCUAGGUGUUAGUGCCAUGGAUCACACAAGCCCAGGCAGCCUCCAUAGCUGAGAGACUGCCAUGAAAAUGGAGGUCUUCAACCCAGGCUCCAUCUCUAGAGGCAAAUCUUCAUGGAUGGCAUCUACCAAACAUUAAGCAUACAUCAAGUUGCCGUCACAAUGCGAAUGCAUCCUAAAUGAAGGACCCUCAUUACAAAGUGAACUGGGCAGUGACACAGAUGAAGUAUGUAGCACCUUUUACAGCAUCUAAAACAGAGACCUGGUCAGCAUGGAGGAGCAGACUACCAAUGUGAUUCAGAUUUAUGUGAAUGGCACCGAGCAGUUCAAUGCUUCGUUUGACUUCAACAUAACUGAUGUGAAAGAAAGCACAGACACCUAUGAGUUUUACAUCAUCGGCCUGUUUCUCUCAUGCCUGUACACCAUUUUCCUUUUCCCAAUUGGUUUCAUUGGGAACAUCCUCAUUUUGGUGGUCAACCUCAACCACAGGGAGAGGAUGACCAUCCCAGAUCUGUACUUUGUCAACCUGGCUGUGGCAGAUCUUAUUCUGGUGGCAGACUCUCUCAUUGAAGUCUUCAAUCUCAACGAGAAGUACUACGACUAUGCUGUACUGUGUACCUUCAUGUCGCUUUUUCUCCAGGUAAACAUGUAUAGCAGCAUCUUCUUCCUGACAUGGAUGAGUUUCGACCGCUACGUUGCUCUCACCAGCUCUAUGAGCAGCAGUCCAUUGCGAACCAUGCAGCAUGCCAAACUCAGUUGCAGCCUCAUCUGGAUGGCCUCCAUCCUGGCAACUCUGCUUCCUUUCACAAUUGUGCAGACGCAACAUACCGGUGAGGUGCACUUCUGCUUCGCCAAUGUCUUCGAGAUCCAGUGGCUCGAGGUGACGAUUGGAUUUCUAAUACCAUUCUCCAUUAUCGGCCUGUGCUACUCCCUGAUUGUCCGCACUCUCAUGCGUGCCCAGAAGCACAAGGGAUUGUGGCCUCGACGACAAAAGGCCCUGCGCAUGAUUGUGGUGGUUGUCUUGGUGUUCUUCAUCUGCUGGCUUCCCGAGAAUGUCUUCAUUAGCAUCCAGCUACUCCAAGGCACAGCCGAUCCAUCGAAGCGUACUGACACAACACUAUGGCAUGACUACCCUUUAACCGGGCACAUUGUCAACCUCGCUGCAUUCUCCAACAGCUGCCUAAACCCAAUAAUUUACAGCUUCCUUGGGGAGACCUUCAGGGAUAAGCUGCGUCUCUUCAUUAAGAGGAAGGCAAGCUGGUCUGUGGUCUACCGCUUCUGUAAUCACACUCUGGACCUGCAGAUCCCUGUCAGGAGUGAGUCUGAGGUGUAGCACAACCAGUAGUAUUGCAACUGGAUGGUAAAGAGAAACAUGGUGCACAGGGUUAGAGUGAUUUCACCAAGUAGGACAUGUUCCUGGAUCAACAUUUUUGUUUAUCCUGGAACGACAUUGGAUUGGAUUUAAGGCAGAGGUGUCCAAACUCAGCCCUGGAGGGCCGGUGUUGUGCAGAUUUUAGCUCCAACUUGCCUCAACACACCUGCUAGGAUGUUUCUAGAAAGCCUAGUAAGGCCUUGAUUAGCUAGCCCAUGUAUGUCUGAUUGGGGCUGGAACUAAACUUUGCAGGACACUGGCCCUCCAGGACCGAGUUUGGACAUGCCUGAUUUAAGGGGUACAUUUGCAGUUUAUGUAAAGUUUAGACUAUCACUUAGGGUUAUGUGAUUCUACAUUAUUGUUAUCCAACUAAUACUGUCCUCUGAUUUUGGGUUAGGGUUAGGUUUGGGGGUAGGGAUAAGGUAUGGAUUAUAUUUUUGAAUAGGAUUGAUGUUUCAGGAUCAACAUAGAUGUUAAUCUAAGAUUGCAUCCUACUUGGCAAAAAUCACAUAAAGUACAGGGCAUUAUGCUUGGAGGAGCCCACAAAUGAACAUUAUUUAAACAGGUGGAGCCAGAGCAGAAGGCUAUCCAUAGGGCACAGAAUCCCUCGCACCACUAAUGAGCGCAGACUUGGCAACCUGCCGUUCCUGAAGUUGGCAUCUGCUUUGCCUCACUUUCCAGAACUUGAUCAAGUAGUGACAUGGUUUGACGUAAUGAACACUGCUUAAUGUUUAAGGUCACCUAAGUGAACCAAGGAUUAUUCAGGCUGAAUCUUCUUCUGAUGAAGUGGAUUACAAGAUGUGAGUGCUUGCCCUGCAGCUGGCUUUUGCAGAUAACUGAAACGGAGAUGUCAUGUCAAAACGAAGACUUUCAUAAGAACGAGCCCAUUCUAAGGGAACAAAUAAAGUCAUCAAAGCACACGUAACCCCUUUCAUAUAUAUUCUCCUGCUCAUAUAUUCAUGUUAUUGAAACUGAUGCAAUCGACGACUUGGUCUUUUCUGUUUUAAGGCUAAAUAAAUGCAUAUUUUGUAGUA